AUGGCUCCAUCGAGCCAGAAGGGUCCGGGGAAGAAGGCGGGCGCGGGGGUAAUCCGCUCCCAGUCACAACAGCAGCAGCGAAGUCGCAACACCACCCCCAGUGCCGCACCGCCCUCGGCCAGUCUGCCACCCAUCGACAAUGUCGAAACGGACCUGCUGGAACUCCGCUUCGAAGUCUUCCGGAACCUGACCUUUGAGGACAUGGUUGAUCCCUCGACCUCCAACACCGCCAUACCCGAUUCCAAGAGCCUUGAUGGCAUCGUCUCCCGACUGCAGAAGCUGAGCGACGUCAUUGACAAGCGCGGCCUGAAUUGCGACAAGGGCAUGAGACUACUCGCCCAGAGCCGCCGCACCAGGCUCGAUGAGCUGGCUGUCGAGCGGGGGAGGGAAGAGGAGCGGAGACAGAAGGAAGCCGAUGAGGAGGAGCGCGAACGCAAGGCAGCCAACAAAAAGAAGCGGAAAGCGACCGACAGUCUGGCGCCCGGAGGGAGCAACACAGGUCAGUCAUGGUCCAAUUGUCACAUUCAGGAAGCUUCGUUUGCGUCCAGCUUUCUUCCCAAUUGGCUUUCAGCCCUCUUCUUAGCACUGCGGGCGUAUUCCUCCGAAUUUUCAUCAUCCAACAACACCAACAACACCAAGCGACCCAAAAGCGAUGUACAAAUGUCUUUGCCAGUCAUUUUAGAGCGGUCAUCUCCUUUACGAGAGUCGACAAAACCCCGAAAACUAUCUCGCGAUAACGAUUCCGCCAGCUCGUCGCUGUCGCCAGUCGCGCCAAGCAACAUGGACGCCGAUGACAAGACCAAGACAGAGGAAAACGAGGACGAGUCGGACUCUGACGAUGGUCGCCCACCACCUCCCGCUCGGCCACAGGCCAAUACGUUUGGCGAUGAUCCUUCAACCUUCCCCGACCCAACCGUGUACGAGAUUCUUCCCGUCCAACCUGGCAUGACCGAAGGCGAAAUAAAGGAAAUAUACUCGGUAGCCGGCUACCCUAAAAGCGACCUUGCUGAUCUCAUCGCUGGUGACCCUCCAGACAAGGAUUUCAGCAAUGCAAAGCCUAGCAAUCAGAUCAACUUUAGCACUUUUAGCACCUUUAUCGACCCCUACUUCCGGCCGUUCACCGAGGAGGAUCUCGCGUUUUUGAGAGAAAGAGGGGAUCGCGUGACUCCGUUUGUCAUGCCGAAACGUGGCAAGAAGCACUACACAGAGAUCUGGGCCGAAGAGGAUGGAGCGAUGGCCAUCGACUCCGUCCCUCCAGGCGGCCGGGAGAAACUCCCUCCUAACCAACCCCGCGGGAGUAUCGAGAACAUGGACGACGACGUUGCCGAAACAGACAAACUCUCCGUCGGCCCACUCCUCUCCCGUCUUCUUUCAGCGAUGCGCCCCGAGCACCGCGCUCCGCCAGCAGAGAAUGCCAACGGCGUCAACGGCGACGGAGACACCCUCAUGAACGGCACCACCAGCUUCGACUUUAGUUUUGACACCAACCCCCCUUCCAGCAGCCAACAACCCAACGGCACCAACGGUGUAAACGGCCAUGUCAACGGCGUUAACGGCACCACCCCCGAUUCAUCCAACAACAACAACAACAACAACAACAACAACAACAACAACAACAACAACAACCAACUCCCUCCGGCUACUUACAUGCCCGAAUCAAAUUCGGAAGCCUGGAAAAAGGCCAGCCACCCAAAACUAGACUACACCCAAGUCGACGAGCGCAUCAAGCAGGAACUCCGUCACAUCGGGUUCCUCCCCUUACCACCCAACCAAUCCGACUCGUCCAACGCGGCAGGCAACGGCUCCCAACCAGGACAGCCGGACCCGACAACAGCCGAGUACGACGGUCACUACGACGACGAAGUCGCCGCCCGCCUCCGCCUCCUCCAAUCCCGCCUCCGCGAGCAAGUCCUCGUCAACGGCGCCCGAAAAGCCAGACUGACAGAGCUGGUCAAGGAGCGGAUGGCCUUUCAGGAGUAUACCACCAUUUUGGAGGAUUUGGAUUCCCAAGUCCAGGCGGCGUACCUCAAGAGGACGAGGACGAUGAAGAAGCCCAAAAAGGCGAGGCCGGGGCAGUCCGGAUCGGCGGCUAGUGCGGCUGCUGCUGCGAGCGCGGCUGCUACGGCGACUGCCCGCCCGGGGAUAGGGGAUCUGACAAAGACGCUGAUGGAGAGGAGGAGGAGGUGGAUUGAGAAUAUUGGGACUGUGUUUGAGGAUGAGGCGCUGACCAAGGUGCCGAGGGUGAGCGAGGAGGGGAGCACGAUUUUCAAGGCGGGGGAGAUGGGGGAGUUGUUGAGAAGGGAGAAGGAGGCUUGGGAUGAGGAGGUGGAGGAGGAGUAG